AUGCCACGAGUGAUCGGUCUGAAACCGACUGACAGGAAUUGUAAAAUCAAAGACCUGAACGGCAGGCUCGAGACAAGAAGCUACAUCGUUGGUUACGCUCCAUCCCAAGCCGACGUUAUCACCUACAAGGCACUCUCGGUAGCGCCCGACGCAAACAAGUACCCCCACGCCGCAAGAUGGUACAAGCACAUCGACUCCUACCAGAACGACUUCUCCAGCCUUCCCGGUGAUGCCUCUGCUGAUGUCUCUUCCUACAUCCCUGAAGCCAUCACUUCUGCCGCUCCCGGUGCAGAGGAUGAUGAUGAUGAUGAGAUUGACUUGUUUGGGUCUUCGGAUGAGGAGGUUGACGAGGAGAAGGAAGCCCUUACCAAGAAGAGGUUGGAGGAGUAUGCUGCUAAGAAGGUGGGUUUUCCAUAUCUAUCCUAGUUGUUAGUGUUAUAAGUUUAUUUUAUUUUAUUUUAUUUUGAUCUUGAAUGCUUUUUUCCGGCUAAUUGUGUGAAAUAGGCUGGCAAGACUAAGCCCGGUAUGUGCCUGUUCUCCCCUAGCUGGGAAGAUUGUUACUAACCGAUAUCAGCCGCCAAGUCGGUUGUUACCAUGGAGGUCAAGCCGUGGGAUGAUACUACCGAUAUGGUUCGUUUUUACGUUUUUCCUCGAGCGAUUUUCAUGCUCAUACUAACUUCUCAAUAGGCCCAAUUGGAGAAGAAUGUUAGAGCGAUUGAGAAGGGUAAGAUUCAUCAUUCCCAAUUUUUUAGUAUGCAUAAACCAACGGUUUACAGAUGGUCUUGUCUGGGGAGCCUCUACCUUGGUCGCCGUUGGCUUUGGUAUCAAGAAGCUGCAGAUCAACUUGGUUGUUGAGGAUGAAAAAGUCUCUCUUGACGAACUGCAGCAGGAGAUCGAGGGUGACGAGGACCACGUCCAGAGCACCGAUGUAAGCCCCUUGCAUACCUCGUAUAUGGUACACAUGUUACUAGAUUGCUGAUAGUGGGGAUAGAUCGCUGCUAUGCAGAAAUUGUAGAGCGCCGGUGGGUGUUUUGCCUAGGGAGUCGUCUGGAUCAUUAUCAUAUUUCCAAACGGAGCCUGGAUAGAUAGUCGAAAAACAAAACAAAUAUAUUUUUCGCACAGACGACCGAACGGGC